GGAACGAAGAGAGUAUAUUUUUGACAACAAGUUAUUAUGUGAAACAUUUGAUAAAUUUUGAUGAACAUCAUAAUGACUUUAAUACGAAUUGUUUUGGUUUGUUUACAUUUGUAAAAUUCAAAUGAAUGGUUUAAAUUUUGGGAUUGAUCAUAUUCAGAAAUUCAAUAAAAAUAAUUAUUUACCUGUCCUGGUUUUUGGCUCUUCUGAUAUGAUAUUGAACAAACAUAUCGUACACCAAAUUUUUUUUUUGUCAUCAUCGUACACCAAACUUUUAAUAGUAUGAUUAAUAAUUAAAAGGCUAAUCGAAAAUUUUAAUACUAACUAUUACAACUUCUAAUUAGUAUGUGAAGUAAAUAGAUAAUUGCAAUAGUUAUUAAUAACUAUUAUAAAUAUUAAUAAUUAGUUAUAAUGCAGUUAUCUAAACUUCGUAAACUUAACAUUUUUUAACAACAAAAGGUUAAUCGAAACCUAUGCAGAUUCCGGACCCAAACCACUUAACAUUAGAUCCUUGAUUUCUAUUUUCUUUCUUAAACUUCACUUUCUAUAUUAUCUCGCAGCAAAAAUCUCUCGGCCAAACUAAAAACCAUAUAAAAAUAUUGUGAAUGUAAUUUGUAAAUAUGCUGGUGGAUUACAAUUAUCGAAAUAACUCUUCUAAAAUAUAAAUAAUUAUGAUUCCGUUUUAAUAACUUCAAAUCAAUAAUAUGAAUGUUCAUUUUUAGUUAUUGAAUUGAUUAUUUAUUUUAAAGUUGGUUAGUUCAGUUUUAUGACAUCACAUGAUCAUUCUUCUCUAUCUGUCACAUGAUCAUUUUCUCUAUCGGUAUAAAUACUACCACAGUCUUCCUUACUAUAAAUCACUUUACAACCGUUGUCAAAAAAAAUCACUUCACACAACACAGAACACUUUUGCUCACAAACUACUUUCAUUCUAACUUUUUCCUUAUUUACAACUCAACCAAUUAAACCAAAAGAAAAAAAAUUAUCAGUUUACCCACAAGAAAUUAAGAAUCAUGUUAAAGAUGGAAACUUUUGGUGGCAUUUCGGUUGCUGCACCUACUUCCUCCGCCGUGGCAAAAACCACCACUCCUGCCAACUCUGCUUCUCCCACAUCUUCACCUCCGCCGCCUCUUUCGCCGGAGCAGCCACAACAACAGACGGUAGUGCUAAGCCCUUGUGCGGCUUGCAAGAUUUUGCGGCGCCGGUGCGCCGAUAAAUGCGUAUUGGCCCCGUAUUUUCCUCCGACGGAUCCAGCGAAGUUCAUAAUCGCCCACCGUGUCUUCGGAGCUAGCAACAUUAUUAAGUUCUUGCAGGAACUUCCGGAAUCUCAAAGAACAGAUACGGUUAAUAGCAUGGUUUAUGAAGCAGGAGCUAGGAUGAGAGAUCCGGUUUACGGCUGUGCGGGAGCGAUUUACCAUUUGCAGAAACAAGUGUGUGAGCUUCAAGCACAACUUGCGAAAACUCAAGUAGAGCUAGUGAGCAUGCAACUCCAAAGAUCAGAUCUACUCGAACUAUUACAUAAAACGGAGCAAGCAAAUUUAUCAGAGCAACAGGAAGGACAACAAAAUAUGUCCUUUGAGAGUUCAUUUGAAAGUGGUGACGAGUUCAUUAGUAGCCACGAUGAAGUGACCAAUGAUUUGGGAUUCCUCGAUGACAACAACAACAAUAAUAAUUCAUCCAUGUUGUGGUCGGAUCCUCUUUGGACAUGAUGUAUUAUUAGCUCACUUUAAUGCGCUUUAGUGGUUACUACCAUAUGCAUACUAUAAACCUAUGCCGACUUUUCUUUCUCUAAAUUUGUCUAAGUCA